CGUCGGCAGCGGCGUCGGCAGCAGCAGCGGCGGCGGCGGCCUCGGUUGUCAGCGGCGGUUUCUGCCCCUUCUCCGCCGCACCAUGCCCACCGUGGAGGAGCUCUACCGCAACUACGGGAUCUUGGCGGACGCCACCGAGACGGCGGGACAGCACAAGGAUGCAUACCAGGCCAUCCUGGAUGGUGUGAAGGGAGGUGCCAAGGAGAAGAGACUUGCAGCCCAGUUCAUUCCAAAGUUCUUCAAGCAUUUUCCUGAGCUAGCUGACUCAGCUAUCAAUGCCCAGCUGGACCUUUGUGAGGACGAAGAUGUUUCUAUCCGGCGCCAAGCAAUCAAGGAACUGCCUCAGUUUGCCACUGGAGACAAUCUGCCUCGGGUAGCAGACAUCCUGACCCAGCUUCUGCAGUCAGAUGACUCUGCAGAGUUCAACUUGGUGAACAAUGCUUUGCUCAGUAUAUUUAAGAUGGAUGCUAAAGGGACUUUGGGAGGCUUAUUCAGUCAAAUUCUUCAGGGAGAGGAUAUCGUGAGGGAGCGAGCCAUCAAGUUCCUCUCCACAAAGCUGAAAACCCUGCCUGAGGAGGUGAUGACAAAGGAGGUAGAAGAGUUCAUCCUGACUGAAUCAAAGAAGGUGCUGGAAGAUGUGACAGGUGAGGAAUUUGUUCUGUUCAUGAAAAUACUGUCUGGGUUAAAAAGCUUACAGACAGUAAGUGGGAGGCAGCAGCUGGUGGAGCUGGUAGCUGAACAAGCAGACCUGGAGCAAACCUUCAACCCAUCUGAUCCAGACUGUGUGGACAGGCUUCUGCAGUGCACUCGGCAGGCAGUGCCUCUCUUCUCGAAAAACGUCCAUUCCACCAAGUUUGUUACUUACUUCUGUGAGCAUGUGCUGCCAAACCUCAGCUCUUUGACCACCCCAGUGGAGGGGCUUGAUAUCCAGUUAGAGGUUCUGAAGCUUCUGGCUGAAAUGAGUUCCUUCUGUGGUGAUAUGGAAAAGCUUGAAUCAAAUUUGAAGAAGCUGUUUGAUAAAUUGCUGGAGUACAUGCCCCUGCCUCCAGAGGAAGCAGAGAACGGGGAGAACGCUGGCAGUGAAGAGCCCAAGCUGCAGUUCAGUUAUGUGGAGUGUUUGUUGUACAGCUUCCAUCAGCUGGGGAGGAAACUUCCUGACUUCCUCACAGCCAAGCUGAAUGCAGAGAAGUUGAAAGACUUCAAAAUCAGGCUGCAGUACUUUGCUCGAGGGCUGCAGGUGUACAUCCGACAGCUUCGUCUGGCGCUUCAGGGCAAGACAGGAGAAGCCUUGAAAACAGAGGAGAACAAGAUUAAAGUGGUUGCCUUGAAAAUAACCAAUAAUAUUAAUGUUUUGAUCAAGGAUCUCUUCCACAUUCCUCCUUCUUACAAAAGCACAGUUACCCUGUCCUGGAAACCAGUACAGAAAGCAGAUGCAAGUCAAAAAAGAGCAAGUGAAGACACCACCUCAAGUUCACCCCCAAAGAAGGCUUCAGCAGGACCAAAGAGGGAUGCCAGGCAAAUCUAUAACCCUCCCAGUGGAAAAUACAGCAGCAACCUGGGGAGCUUCUCCUACGAGCAAAGAGGUGGCUUCCGGGGCGGCCGAGGAAGAGGCUGGGGAGGACGCGGCAAUCGUAGCCGAGGAAGAAUCUACUGAGCACAGAGCCCCAGGAGAAGGGCACAGUGCAAGUGCUCCUCAGCAGGUUUGCUUGGAGAAUUGCUCUCCUUUGAGGACUGCCUUCCACUAAGACUGACUUCAGUGUUCUUUCUACCUUUGUAUGUACGAUCGACUUUUCUAACAGACUGCGACUUGUCCAUAGUGCAACUCCUCCAGCUGUGUUUUUGGAUGCUUGCAGGCAACAGUGCUGGGAUCUUCCUGGUGCUGGUUUGGUUUGGUUUGUUGAGUGUCUUCAGGAUUUAUUCAAGGAUUGGAAGAGAGCGUAGAGGGUUUGCUUCAGAGGCUGCAUCUUGGCAGUUAGUCUCUUAACCUCCAAAUCAGCUCCUGCAGAACUGAGACUAGAGCCCUGGGUUGCUGUGCUGGUGGACGGGAAAGGCAUGGCAACACGUGGCAGAGAAGCUUGAGCAGCUGAGAUAAUCCUUUUCUCAUCUGUAAUCGUAGUCUUCGAGCUGUGGAGAAGAGUCCCAUGGUUAAAUUUGUCUUGAUUUGCCUUUUUUGGUUGUUUUUUAGAUUAAAUGAAAUCAGAUCAAAGCUGUUCUGUUCCGUGUUUCAACUUGGCAGCACAGCUGGAAAGUUACUUUUUGUGGUCUGUGGGUUUUUGUCUUGUGUUUUGUUUUCCUUUGCUUGCAGCAUGGAGCAAUCUCAGAGCCCUGGAGAAUGUGGUGUUCUGUUUGGGUUUGCACAUCCUCACUGUGAUGCAAAGAGAAACCAACCAACCCCCAGGAGCAGUGCUGGUUUGCAGUGUUUCCUGUGGCUGUGUGCACCUGGCUCAUGCCAGUCAAAAGACAAAAAAAAUCAAACCAUAAAUGAGUAGAAUUAUACCAGGAGUGGGCAAAGGCUGAUGCAGUGAUGAAGCUGUAGAGGUUGGAGGCUGGACCAUAGCUGUUCCUGGCUCUUU